AAUUCAAAUAUACUAUAUAUAGUACUUUUACCAAGUGAUUGUAAUUGCCAGCUCACUCAAUAUCUGCCACGUCAUUAUUUUACUUCCAAUGUCUGAAAUUUCCUUAUUAAAAAAAUCCCAAGUUAUGGAAAAUUUUAUUUCUAAAACAUAACUCAGAACUCUAUAAAUACAACACUAGCAAAACGUUAUCCCCUACUCGUAUACAUUGAAAGACAAUUUGCAAUAAGAAUUAAUUCAAAGUUUUUGCAUGAUGGAAUCAUCAAGAUCACAAGCAUAUCAGAUGGAGCACCAACCUUUCGGAAAAUUGAUCCGAGUUUUGGCAAUUGAUGGUGGUGGAGUUAGAGGGAUAAUCCCCGGAGUUAUCCUCGAAUUUCUCGAGUCACAACUUCAGAAAUUGGAUGGUGAAGAUGCUCGACUUGCAGAUUACUUUGACGUAAUCGCAGGCACAAGCACAGGAGGUCUCAUCAGUGUAAUGCUUACCGCUCCAAACGAAAAGAAUCGACCAUUGUUUGCUGCGAAAGAUAUUAAAAAUUUCUACCUUGAGAACUGUCCGGAAAUAUUUCCCCAAGAGAGGGAUAAUCUUGUUAGUCACACUGCAACGACGCUCAAGUGUUUUUUAUCUGGUCCGAAAUAUGACGGAAAAUAUCUUCGAGCCCUACUCAAGAAGAAACUUGGAAACACAAAAUUGCAUGAAACAUUGACAAAUAUUGUUAUUCCAACUUUUGAUAUUAAAAAGAUGAGCCACACUAUCUUCUCCAGCUAUCAGGUAAAAAACGACCCAAGCUUAGAUGCUUCGCUCUCGGAUAUUUGCUUAGGAACUUCAGCCGCUCCGACUUAUCUCCCAGCACACUACUUCAAAACAAGAGAUUCAAAGGGCAAGAAAACAAAAUUCAACCUUAUUGAUGGCGGGAUUGCUGCUAACGAUCCGUGUUUCAUAGCAAUAGCUGAAAUAAUAAGGAUGAAGAUGGAUGAAGAAAAUGAUAGUAUUUUUCAUCGAAGUCCAAAAGAAGAAGGUCGAUUUCUAGUAUUGUCUCUAGGAACUGGUUCAGAACAAGUUCAUAAGUAUGACGCCAAAAAAGCAUCAAAGUGGAGUACUUUGAGAUGGUUGAUCAAAAAUCGUAAAUCGAAGCCCUUGUGGGAUGUCAUUUCUCAAGCUAUACAAAACAUCACUAAUUACUACGGUUCCACUUUUAUUGGAGCCCUUCACUCUAGUGGAAAUUUUCUAAGAAUCCAGGACGAGACUUUAGUCGGUGUAACGUCGUCUGUGGACGUUGCAACAAAGAAGAAUUUGAAAAAUCUCGUCAAAGUUGGAGAGGACUUGCUGAAAAAGCCAACUUCAAGACUGGAUUUGCGUACCGGAAAAUACGUUCCAUCUGCUGAUCAAGGAACAAACGAGGAGGCGCUUAUUCGGUUAGCAGCAAUACUUUCCAAAGAGAAACGGCUACGUCAGGAUAUUGUUAGGAAAAGAGAAUCAUCCGAUUGGAACGAUUUUCUCGAACGUUGGGGGAUUGAUUCAUCAACUGAUUAUUUUUUUAAGCAAAGUUGAUAUGUCAUCCUCUAGUCUCUACUUGCAUUAAUUUAAUUUAGUUUUUUUUUUUUCAUUUUUUUAAUUGAAAUUUCUCUAGUUCUGGUUGUAUGCACAGAUAUUCAUAAUUCAAUACAAGUUAUUUUUAUAGUUCUUUGAGGCAUGAGUGUUUUUAUAGUUCUUUGAAGGACAAUUUGGGAAGAAAAAAUGCCACAUCAUUCAAAGUCAAAAUUAUAUCUUUAAAUUCAUUAAUGAGGGGGGUAAGUGUUACAUUUGUAACUUUAAGGGGAUAAGUGUUACCACCCUUAUAGUUUAAGGGUGCAAACUGUAUUUAGCCC